GCGAGAGCCCUCAGCCAAUCAGGCACCGACUUAGCGCGAGGCUCUUUGCAAACCGCGCCCCUUUAUGCUAACGAGAAACCCAAGCAACCAAUGGGCUUGCCAAAGCUGUGAUCCCGCCCUCUUUAGGUCACGCCCAUUACGUUUCUUCGGUUCCGCGGCGUGUUGCGUACAGUGACCUCACGGCGAGGUUUGUGCAGUUUUAAAUUCCCUCAAGCGGCGUUAAAGAUCUUCGUUCUCAACUAAAGUUAUGCUUUUUUAACCAUUGUCGUUAUUCUGCCGUUGUCCUUCGGCGAGCAGGGCCAUCUGUGAGUUAGGAUGAAGUUGCUGCCCAGGAGCUGGUCAACAAGCAAGCGUAGACCCCGGGCUUCCCAGGUGCUCACAGCUCAUCUCCUGCAGCGAAACCUCCCACAUUGGACCUCAUAUUUUGUCAAGUACAGCGAUGUGCAGAACGAUCAGUUUUCGCUGUCUCAUUUCAACUGGGGAGUGGAUGGAGCAAACUAUCAUGUGCUGAGGACCGGGUGCUUCCCCUUCAUCAAGUACCACUGCUCGCGGAGACCCUGGGAGGACUUGACGCUUGAAAACCGUAUCUUCACAGCUCUCAAGCUCAUCAACCUAGGGAUUCCGACGCUGGCGUACGGCAUAGGCGCUUUGUUUUUGCCAAAGGUCACAGAGGUUGUGACCACGGAACAGGGCCCUGUCACCAUCUACUUUCUCUACAAGGAGCAGGAGGGGGCCGUGAACUGAAUAGAGGCGGCAUGAGGGGUAACUGCAGAGUGGAGCAGCCUCCUUGUCUAUGCAAGGCAAUCAUUGAUGCACCUCAGCACAGAUGACUGGGAAUGACUCUUAGGCCUCUGAUCAUGGAAGAGGAUUUUAAGGGAGAUCAGUUUUCAUGAGGGCGGAGCUGUGGUCUGUGCCAGUGCAAGCUGUUUGCGCUUUUGACUCGAUUCUUGAAGCGCAUGUAGUCUUUCUGCCGACUGUCGUCACUUUGUAAAACAAACAACGCACGUGCGUGUUUCUUUUAACCCGAAUUAUCCCUCGGUGUAGUCUUCGUAAGAUUUAACGGCAAAGUUUAAUGGAACAAUUAAGGCAGAAAUAAUAACCUCUUCAAUGAAUUUUGGAUUCAUUGUGAAUUGCAAUCCCUUUUCCACAAUACAAAAAGCUCCUCUGCGGCAUAGCAUAAAAAAACUUACCCUGGUUGCAGAUCAUUGCAGAGAAGAAAAAAAAACCCAAGGCGGUAACAACAUAAUUGCUCUCACUGCCCACCUUUGCUAAUCAAUCGUUGUCCCCUUUGAUUAAAGCUCUUGUUGAUGAAACAAACAAUGGGGAGCGGUGACAGCUGCCGAGAGGUCAAUUGGGCUGGAGCACGCGUCUGGAGGAGGAGAUGAUCGCUGGGGGAGCCACCCCUGGCCAUCGCGAGCGGCGCUAACGACCUAGCCGCCAUCGAUCGUGUUAAUUUCUUCGCAGCGCGGGUGUUAAUUGCGUCGUCGAUUUAACGCCAGCCCCCACCGCUGUUGCGCUGUAAUUUAGUGAAAGUGAUUACUCGUGAACCCGGUGCCGGGCAUCGAUCCCUUUCCGUGACAUCGUUUGGCCGCCCCUCUUCCCGGCUCUGGGAAGGCUUCAUCAGUCCCAACCGGGACGCGGGAUGGAGGUGAUGGUGGUGAAAAGUGAUCGCCGAAGGCCACUAAUGAGACAACCCGGCAUUGGCUGAUUUAGGUGGCAAUCGUUUGAUUUAUGCGGCAAUCGUUUGGCUGUGGGGAGAGACAGAUCAUUGCCAAUGAGGCUGGCUAACAGCAGUUUCUGGUUUUAUUGGUUGAAUUUAUUUAAUACUUGCUUGUACCUACAAAACAAGUGACAUGUGCUUAAAAGUGAUUUUUAAAUGAAGCCAAAAUCAGAUACCAAUUAUUUCUGCGAGUCAGCAAGCAAAGGAAUUGCCAAAUACAACAAGACCGACACAGCUGACGAUGUGGCGGCAAUUCGGAACUAAGAGUGGAAAAGUGCUCCAAGUUUGGAGCUGGAUUGGUAGGUGGAUGUGAUGUAUGUGGAUAAGUAUUAUGUUUUAUUUUAGUUAUAUUUUAUUGUUUAAUUCCCUAUUUUUCUGUAAAGCGUGUGGUUUUGUUAUUGUAUUGUGAAUUGGACUUCCAAUUGUUCCCCAAGAUUGACCCCCUGUUCAGGCCGCUGACAACAUAUCUUGCCAACUCUAUUCAUCAACACCAGUAAUUGUUUCACGAUAUGACUAAAUGUCAAAUUGAAGGUUUCAGGCUCUAAAUUUUAAAUGUUUGACAAAAUGUGCAGGGCAGUGUAGAUGAGGGUUGGAAAGAGGUGCAUUAUUAAUUGAUUGCGAAUAUGGAAUUUAUUUUUUUGCAUGUUAAAUAUUACAUUCAACACUCGAAACCGCUAACAGUCCAGGCUAAAGUGCAGUUUCACCGCUGAUUCUGCCCCCUUUGUUAUAUUGCACCCUAUAUUGAAUUUCAUGCCCGUGGAAAGUUAUUACAUCCACACUGUAAAACUCAUAAGGUAAUCGAGUUGUUAGAGGUGUAGUGGGGAGGGAAAUUUGGUUGAUGGAAAGUGUAAUAUAAAAAUGACAUGUCACAAAAGUGGCUCAUGAAAACAACCCAGCGUCUUCUUGUUUGAAAUUUACAAGAAAGCGUAAUGGGUGCAAAAGGACCUCCGGGGUACAGUGCUGAUGGAAUCAUAAUUAGAAGCGCAUUUUUUUUUCCCGUUCCAUGUUUCCGAGUAAAUAAAUAAGUGAGCCUAAAGAAAAUGUCCGCAGAGCGAGCGGGGAGCCUCAUUGCUAUGCUCAAUUUGUCUCGUUUAUGUUGCUUGCUGAAAAUACGCUUAAUUUAAUUUACGUAAGCGGUCGUAAUUAAAGCGCCGUACGUGAACACGUUGCGUCCCCUUAGCUUUAAUUGUACGCUGUUAAUUGUUAUUUGAUUCAUAUUUUCAAACAGUUUUGCUGGGGUUGUGGUGCUUUUAAUCAAUUUAUCAUUUUAAUACGGUACUGUAAAAUACGUUUUACCACAGUAUCAAGUUUUAUACGGCGUCCAAUGGCAAAUACGGAAUCACGACGUGAGUGGCAAACAUUGAUACUGGGACAUUAUCAAGACGUGGGCAUAAAAUUAAUGUUUUGAAUAUGAUUAAAGUAAACACCUGACAUUACCGAUGCAAUUUUAUUAUUAUUAAUAGUACGAUAAUAUUUAUGUAGGAAAGUCUGACUGAGUUUCAAAACUUUUUCAGCGAGGUCCAACAUGGGAUGCUUGAUCAAUUCUCUAAUUGACAAUUUUUCCUAUGUAAGGCAUUGAAGUUCAUAGAAAAACACCAAAACACGUAUUAGUAGGGGAUGACAAAAAUAUCCACAUAGAAGCUACUUCUAAUGAGUUACGACCAAAAUCCCCCAGAAUGUAGCCCAGCUCGGAAGCUGAGCAGGGUUGAAUCUGAGUAGCGCUUGGGUGAGCAACAACGAUCAUGCACAUCAAGUUGCAAUAGGCUGCUGUGGUGCUGUGUGGUGGACAGCAGAGGGCAGUGAAACAAAGUGCAUUAUACCACUCUACGAUCUCUGUCCUUCGCCAACCCGUUCUGACUGGCGUGGUGAAAUAUGGUUAAGUAACCCACAUGGCAUGGGGAGGCCAUCACACAGCAGUGGGUUGACAAAUGGCUGUAAAUGUAAAUAGGUCAACAAACCAUCUCGGGCGCCUUAGGCACCUCUGCCUACAAGAAUGGUAUCCCACGUGAUCUCUAUUGAGAUCGUCUAGAUUUAAGCAAUUGAGACCGAAUGCGAAUAAAAACCAAAACAUUUUAUUAAUUGUUGGUAAUUUCAAACUUGUAGUUUGUGGUAAAGCACGGCCCACAAAUGGUCUAUUCUGCUGGUAUUAAGAAAUGGCAGAACAUGGAUUGCAAACUAAUUUACAUCAUCUAAACAUUUACAAUUACUGAUAAUUGCCAGGCAUUUUAUCAUGCUCAUGUUAAUUUACUUCUCAUAAUGGACUCAUUAUGCUAUUACUAAUGACCACUUAUUAUAAAUGAGUAUAUAAUGUUUACAGAUUAGACGUUUGCUUCCGAACAAAGUGCCAAAGCACAUUUGUCCUUGUAGCGCCUGGAAAAGGUCCUUAUUUAACUUUUUAAUAAUAGUGACGUUUUUAAGUGCACUGUGUUUAAUUCUACUGCAGUGGUAUUUAAUGCGGUACCAUAACGAGAUGCGGGGGCCUGAAGGGAUUUAACAGAUUCUCAACUCUUUUCCGUGACUUGUGUUCCAACGGUGGAUUGAUAUCGCUGCCGAGCCAGUUUCCUUUGAGUUGACAGUUAAAUUCCCACUAUCCAUUCAGCAUUUUCUUACGGGAAAUGUUGCUGUAAAAGCGGUCGUGAAAGAGUACAAGAUCUCUUUCAUUAGCUCGCCACUAUGAUGUGCCAAGUGCCAUAUAACUGAUCCUGAAUUUUGAGAUUACCGUGAAUAAAAAAGUCGUAUAUUUCGCAAUACUGAGAAAUUGUCUUAGUUUUAUUGGAGUUUUUUUUAAAAUAAAAAAAUGUUUUUGUAAAGUUAUAAAUACACUCCUUUUAUCGCAACGUUUGGCAUACCUAGAUAGCUAUUUCAGAAAAAAAUCAUACCACGUUCAUUUAAAAAAAAUCUUUUAUGACAUCAUGAAACACGUCGUAGUUUAUAGCAAAUACAAAACACCGCAUAUACAAUUCUAUACGCUCCAACUACUUUAGGUUACUAUAUUUCUUUUAUUUGUAAUUUUAUCCCCAGUAAAUCGCAAAGCCUUGCACGGUAAUUCCCCAGCGUCCCACCAAAACCACGUGACAUCGGAAGAGGGAGCUCUCCGCUGUAAUUAUCUUUUUUCCCCCAUCAAUUCAUUAAACAUUUGUGUGGUCUCGGUUAUUAAUUAAGCAUGCUGAUUAACUUGAGUAAAGAAACGGCGUUGAUUAUCACCACCCGUCCCUGUGCGCUUCGUGAUUGGAUGGUGGAGUGGUGGAGACAUGGGGAGGAGGAGUGAUGCCUUUCCCCUAUUGGGAAUCCUUGUCAUAUUAAGCAUAUGCAGGCAGUGACGACGAAGGCCGAAAGCAACGAAGGAGGAGGGGAGGUGUACCCAAUUGAAGGCCGACCAAUUUGAUGAGAAGGUGUCCAAAAACGUAAUGAUUUUAUCAUGCAAAUACAUUUGCCUGAGACAGCUACCUAUACUGGAAAUAAAACAUUUCCAAGGACAUAUGCAUGUUGGAAAGUGUUUACCUAUUCCGUGCUUUUGCAUGAUAUAUCAACAAUAAAAAAAGUUUGUCAUGGCU